UCCUAACAUCAGUGCAGUACACUGUGCACUACCAGCAGCAGUUGCUUCACGACCAGUAUGGAUGGAUGGACUCUGUUCUUUGUUCUUCUUCUGCCACUAACUGUGUGUUUUGACAGCGAAGUGACUCUUGAGAAAACCCUGGGGAGCAAACCAGAUGUCACUCCACUAUGCAGUAAUACUACACCCAUCGUACUGAUAGUAUGUAACAUCAAGACAGAGAGGAGCAGAGGAGAACAGUGUCGUCUACUGUAUCGACAUGGACAGAGCUUUAACAGUAGUUGUGACUCCAGGUUCACACUUAAGAAAGACAAUGAGACUAUAUUACUCCACCUGAACAGUUUAACACCAGAGGACAGUGGGAACUACUCCUGUCAGUGUGCAUAUGAUGGUGGAACAAAUAUUGUCCAUCUCAGUAUCAUUGUGGAGGAUUCCGAUUCUAUACAUUCAGAGGAGGAAGAGGUCAGCAGUCACCCAGGAGGGCUGAUCCCAAGUGCUUUGACUGCUGUAACUGUAGUCCUCAUUAUAACUGGAGUUAUCCUGGGAUUUAUCCACAGAAGAAUACAUCAUGGCAGAACACAACUAGGGCCACAGAGCAGUCAUCCAAACCAGGAGCUGCAAGACAUUGAGCCGUACGGCACCUUCAUGCGGAAAGAAAGUGGACUUUAUUCAACCUUUAAUAUGCCCAGCUCUAACAUUAAUACUAAUAAUUCAAACAUGUCUGUCAGAAAGGACACGAAUUCGGGGAACUUUUUGUAGAGCUCCAGUUUACACUGUAUCCAUUCCCACAUGAUGCAUGUUUUAGAAUUUAAUUACAAGUGAAAUUAGAACUGUUGUCCACAAGGUGACACUCUUUUGCUUUGAGAAAUGUAUAUCAGGUAUUUUAUUCAUCUGUACUGUAUUUCUAUCAGGGCAUUUAAUUAUUUUUUUCACUAUAGUCUUUUUUUUUUAGUUUGGUGACUUAAAAGGAGUACAGUAAGAUGUUCAUGAUCAACUAAUUAUUUGAUAAAUAACAUGUUAAAACAAAGCUGAUUCCUCUCAGCCAUUUUUAAAAAUCCAAAUAAUAUUCAUCCCAUCCCUAAUGCUAAUGCAGGUUAUAAUGAUCAUUGUAGCUUUAUUUUUUUGUCUU